CCCGCUGCCGCCGGUUCACGAAUCGCCGGCGAUCGCAAACUAGAUGUAUUCAAGUACUCAGUGCGCGAGCAAGCGUGAUACGGAAUGAACGUGUGGUGCGUCUUGCGCGGACGUUGACUCUGCGAUUUAUUUUUUUAUCUUGCGAUUUAUACGGCCAGAAUUAUUAAAACGUUUUGGAGUAUACAGUCGAGAAAAAAAGUAUUUAUUGACAAAGUUGACGUUUAUACUAUUCGCGAAGAAUUUUGACUAACAUUGUGAAUUUCCGUAUAGACGCGAAAAUAAGUGAAGACAUUUCGAAAACAAAGGACUGUUUUGUACAUUUUCGCGACAACUGCGAAAUUGUGUUCAAAAAUUACUGAUCUGGCAUUAUUGUGGGGGGCACAAAAAAAAUCGCAGCCCUCGACCAACUAGUUCGGGCACAAUCUGUGGUCGUCAAACGAUAAAACAAUAUCGCAACGAAUUUCCUAUAAUAUCACGAUUCGUAAUUUAGACAUUUUUGUAAAAUUCUCGUCAACAUUUUGGACUUGAAAAAAAAUUGCAGUGAGUUUGUCGACCUGUCACAACGUGCUGCAGUGAAUCUGUUUGCGAAUAACACGAGGAACAAACAUCAAAAUACCCUGGAUUAAGUGUCGAAUUAGUUUUACAUGAUGUCUACUGCCAUAAUGCAUCAGUCUGCGCUGUACGGUUUUGAUGAUCUGUACUUGAAGUUGACACCUGAAUACGAUGGUGGAAUAACGGCCUCCAACCAAACUCGACCAGUGCAGACGAUGAAUGGUACUGUCGGUCCUAUAAAUGCUGGAGCAGUACCCAAUGGCGUGAAUUGGGAACACCCCGCUCUUACCCGCGCUGCUUCCGUUCCUGCGCACCGUGCUCUCGCUGGGCUGAUAGACCGCUUGGUGCACCACCGACGACUCGAACGUACUACCAGCGAACCUGCACCGCCACCGACCGCCACCAGCCGUUACAAAACUGAGCUUUGUCGACCAUUCGAGGAGGCCGGAGUAUGCAAAUAUGGAGACAAGUGCCAGUUCGCACAUGGAAUGCGUGAAUUACGAAACCUUCAACGUCACCCUAAAUAUAAGACUGAACUAUGCCGCACCUUCCACUCUGUCGGUUUCUGUCCCUAUGGCCCGCGAUGCCACUUUGUACACAACGCGGAAGAAGCGCGACGCCGUGAACCACCUUCCCCAGGUGGCUCUGUCGCAUCGCUAUCGUCCGGAGGAUCGCUCGCGUCCUACAUGAGUGAUGGAUCUCGAUCCCCACGCUCACCGCAUUCUCCUCAUUCACCACAGUCUCCACUCGCACCCCAAUCACCGCUGGCCCCUCAUUCUCCGCCGGCACUUUCUCCACCUGCGCACACUCCAGCGUUUGCCUUCCUUCGUACUCAUUCACCUGACCCGGAAGAUGAGCGACUGCCAGUGUUCAAUCGGCUUUCCUCGGCAUUCGGUGACCUCGUUAUUGCCUAGGGUCUUGUGGUUAGACUAGUCUUAAGUUAACUUAUACCAUCCUAGCAUAAGAAUCGUCUGUCACCAUAGUGCCUAUUCAACGUCUUCCAAAUCGUGCCCGUGGGCCGUCCCGGUUGCCGCGCUUCGUGCCUCGCUCAUCAGCCGCACCAACACACCUGCUCAACGAAUGAUCUCCAGUUUGUCGAUGCCCCUUAACUACUUCGCCCUGUAAUUUAUAAAGUUAAAGAAGUAUUUACUGGCGUCUCGAAAGUCUGCGGUGUGAUUAUAGUGUUUACAUGUACAUCUUUAGUUAUUGGCACGCACUUGUAAUUAAUGGGAUCUUGUGUUAUUAGAUAUUUAUUGCAUAGCUCGCGGAAGUCUUCCCGAAGCGAUCCUCCGCCGAGCGGUGGUCUCUGUAAAGUUAGCUUAUAGAACAUUUAUUUAUUUCUACUGCCUUUCCGCGCUCGGUAUUGUACCGCGAGAAGGCGCUCGUGAUCUAUUUUUAAGGAUUUAAGAUAAUAAUUUAUUAUUUAUUUCGAGUCUCUUUAACUGUAAUAAUUAUUUUGUAGCUAGCAGUUGCGAUGCCGCACCGCAUUCGGACGGGGCCCGCGUCGACGGGACGUGGCUCGUUUUGAAGAGUUUUAAAAAUGGCUCAACUGAUAUUGCUCAGAUAAAAUGAAAUUAGUUUUCUACCUUUAGUUCUAUCGGGCUGAAUCAGUUGAGAACUACUUCGGGAGUUCGGCAAGCUAUGAUACAUUCAUAUUAAUUAAAUUUAACGUUUUCUGUCAUGCGUCUGAAUUUUCCAUUACCCAAAAGUUGCCAUUUGCGUCACGGCGUGUAUAAUACGUUAAUCGCAACCUCACUAGCACAAGCGGUUGCAAUCAUCUGUGGCCUAUUUGAAAACCACCGACGCGUUGCUUUUAGUAGCGGCUCGUCUGCGAACGGUUUUUUCGUUUUGCGUUAAUCGAAGAGGGCUGGCAGCGAGCUAAACCUGUUUGAGGUUUUAUGGUGAUUGUUUUUUUCGUACCCGUGCCGCACUCUUAGGGUCUUCUCGCUUUGGCACUCAACGAACGUCGAAUACGUGCAAAAAAUGACAGAAAUUCGAAUAUUCGUUUGCCAAACUGCCGUAGUAUCAUACGUUGAUAACAUGUAUAAAUAAAGACAUAAGUUGGAUAUGCUAAUAUAAAACGUGUUUAUACAAUUGCCGUGUGGAACGGUCGCCGGUGGGGCGUAAUGCAGCGCGGUCCUCCCCCUCGCGCUUCCACGCCGCUGCUUGCGCCUGCGCCCCCCAUACGAACAGUGCCUUUUACUUCAUAACAAAAGAAAUUGAUUAUUAUAUUUAAUUUUUAGUUGAUCGAGAUAGAUUAAUUGUUUAUUUAUUGUCUCCUUUUUAAUAGUAUAUUCAAAUGGGCACAUUUAUAUUGUACUUUGACAGAGCUAAGUGACCCGCUUAGUUUCUAUGUAGUACCUAUACAUAUAGAUUUUGAAUUUAAAGUGUGAUAUUUUAUAAUAUUUAUAAUAUAACAAAGUUUAAAUUUUAAGUAAGGGACCAAUGUAAGGACUAUGACAAAUUCAUAAACGGUCAAACACUGUAUUGUUUUCGCACCGUUUAAAUAUAUUUUGUUAUACCUUGUAACAGAUCUACGAUUUUAUAAUAUAAUAUUAAAUAAAUAAAACGUUUGACCAUUAUUGGUUUGUGUUUAAUUGACAUGUCCAUAUAGCCGAGACGGUGUAUUUUGUUUUUGUUUUUAUAAUUUAGUUUCAGUUUUUUUUUUUUUUUUUAUUUCUUAGUCGUUGCAUGAUGGAUGACCAUGAAACUAAUAAUUUUGUACCUAAUUUUAAGGAGCUAGUUAGUAUUAAGUGUUUUCAUAAAACAUACGAAAAUUAUUUAUUAUCAGUUCAUUACAUAAUGUAAACCAUUUAAGCCAAUUUAUUUAAUUUCUUUUAUAUUUAAAACAACAUUUACGAAGUAUAAUUUGUCUUAAUGUUAGUAAUAUAUCAUGUCAGUCAUAUAAUAAUACAAACAUUAGGUUAAAACUUAAGUACCUAUGUACGACGUUACAAUUAAGUAUUUAAUUUUUUAAUUUAAUUCCAAUUAUAAGUAGUUUUUCAAAAAAAAAAUGACUAUUACUUACGUAUUCUUUUGUGGACAAAAUAUUAAGCAGAAGCUUGUUUUUGACAUUUUUCUUGUAAGUUUUCUUUAUUUUCUCGCAUCAUUCUUAUUGAAUUAUAGUCAAAAUAUGUUUAA